AUGCUCCGCGCAGCCUCAGCCCUCAAAAUCCCCGUGUUCAUAACAACUCAGAACCGCGCGAAACUCGGCAACACCGUGCCAGAACUCCAGCAACACCUCAGCGACACACACGUCCGAGCUGACGUAGAUAAAACCCUCUUCUCAAUGAUAACCCCGGAGAUCGAGAAGCUGCUCCCAGCCCCCGGCUCUGCGCCCCUUGACGUGAUAAUCGUCGGGAUCGAGACGCAUAUCUGCGUGACGCAGACGACGCUUGAUCUUCUCGAGCGCGGUCACCGUGUUUACAUCCUCGUUGAUGGCGUUAGUAGUAUGAACACCGAGGAGAGGGGGAUUGCGCUUGCCAGAUUGAGGGAUGCUGGGGCUGUUGUUACGAGUAGUGAGAGUGUCCUUUUUGAGAUUCUUGGUGAUGCUUCGCACGAAGCGUUCCGGGCUGUUAGUGGGCUUGUUAAGGAAACGAAGGAUAAUACGAAGGGGGCUUUGGGGGUUUUUUCAAAGAUUUGA